CCUACGCAAUCUCAAGACCGACCGAGGCAUUCGAACGCUCCUGCGCGGCCCGAGUCAGCUGACAAACCAAAACAAAACACUCGGCUGCCUCGUCCAUUCACCAAGUCGCUUCUCUUCUCUUAGUUUUAAAGAACAUGAAGUCAGCAUAAACAAGAUGGUGCAGUGUCAGACGCGAAAGACGAAGAAAUCGUCUGAAGUCCUUUUUGACGACGACUUGAGCCCAGGCAUAAAUGUUACUCGAGAUCAAGUGAAAAUAACAAAGACAGCCAUAACAGUUGUAGCAGGAUGGAUGCUGUUUGCGUGCAUGUUGACCAUCCUCAUCUGGGGCCUGCCCAAUUUCGAGUGCGGCCUCUCCUUUUCUCCUUUUGCCAUCUCCGUCAAGAAGUUAAAGUAUGUUGAUCCUCACAGUGAAGGAGACUUGCUGAAGGCUAAAGAAUACCAAGACUGGGUAAGGAACUGGCAGUAUGGGAAUAACAUUUCCUUUAGGAAGGAAUGCAGGGAAGAAUGCUUUGAUGGGAAUGCAAGCAAGGAAGAGAAUCCUCUGUUGCCUCUUGAAGAGCCUAAGAAAGUGGAAGGGAGUUUCUGUGUUGACAUUCCUUUGGAGAUGAGGUUUGACUGUCAUCCUGAUGGCAGCCCAAGUGAAUCGUCAUGUGUGAAGCGAGGAUGUUGUUGGCACGAGCUACAAGAUGUUCCAGAGCGAAAGGUACCAUUCCCUGCCCCACGCUUGCACCGGCCGACACAUGGCAAAGCCCUGGAAGACUUGCCGCUAAACAUUCCUUACUGCUUUUACCCAAGAGACUAUGUAGGUUACUCGGUAAUCAAUUUCACUUCAGAAGAACAUGGCUACACAGGAUUCCUGGAGAGGAGUGUUGCUAGUGUUUUCCCCAAAGACUCUCCGCUUCUCCAGAUGGAUGUUUACUUUGAGACCGACACUCGCCUGAGAGUUAGGAUCACAGACCCCUUUCAGUUAAGAUGGGAGACUCCAGUGCCCAUUGUGCCACAGGUGAACAAGAGUGCCAGCAAUCCCUCCUACAGUUUCCAUAUCCGCAAUGAGGAUGGUGCCUUUACUGUUGUGAGAAAGAGCUCGGGUGUUCCCAUUUUUGACACAAGAGGUGCAGCACCACUGACCUUUGCCGACCAGUUCAUACAGUUGUCGUCUAUGUUACCCUCGAAUUACAUAUAUGGCUUGGGUGAGCACUUGGAGGGACUCUUGCUGGACACAUACUGGAAACGUCAUGUUCUCUGGAACUUGGACCAGAUACCUGAACCUGGAAAAAAUAUGUAUGGAAGUCAUCCUUUCUACCUAUCUUUAGAGCCAGAUGGUAACACACACGGUGUUUUCCUCCUCAACAGCAAUGCCAUGGAUGUUGUUCUUCAGCCCACACCAGCUCUCACAUUCAGAGUUAUUGGUGGACUCAUUGACCUGUACAUCUUCCUGGGGCCGACACCAAACGAGGUGAUAAGCCAGUACACUGAGGUGAUUGGCCGUCCCUUCCUUCCCCCCUAUUGGUCGCUGGGCUACCACCAGUGCAGGUACGGCUAUGAAACACUUAAUAGGACAAGGGACGUUUGGCAGAGAACACGAAAAGCUGGAAUCCCAUUUGAUGUGCAGUGGAAUGACAUUGACUACAUGAAACACAACAAUGACUUCACGUAUGACCAGAACAACUAUGAUGGGCUUCCUGACUUUGUUGAGGAGCUUCAUAGGGAGGGAAUGCACUAUGUUCCUAUAAUUGACCCAGGCAUCAGUGCAGCGGAGCCUCCCCACACUUAUCCACCAUGGGAUGAAGGGGUCCAUUUGCGUGUUUUUGUACGCAAUUCGAGUAAUAUGCCUUUUGUGGGCAAGGUGUGGAAUCCAGUUGCGACAUCGUGGCCCGACUUCACCCACCCGAAGGCGACUUAUUAUUGGAGUCGACAGAUCUUGCGGUAUCACAGCAGUGUCCCUGUAGAUGGUGCCUGGAUUGAUAUGAACGAGCCCUCCAACUUCUUAUCUGGUAGUACCAAUGGCUGUGAAGAAAAUAACCUAGAACACCCACCCUUCCUGCCAGCUGUUCACGGGGGCAUCCUCUAUUAUCACACGAUAUGCAUGUCCGGAAGGCAUUUUGUUGGGCGUCAUUACAAUGUGCAUAACCUGUAUGGAAUCACAGAGACUAUUUCUACCAACAUGGCUCUUCAGAUCGUAAGAGGUAAACGUCCAUUUGUCAUUUCCCGAUCAACAUUCCCGGGACAAGGGCAUUAUGGUGGACACUGGACUGGUGACGUUUGGUCUGAUUGGUUUAACCUCUGGCAGUCUGUUGCAGGUAUUCUGAACUUCAACAUGUAUGGUAUCCCUAUGGUGGGUGCUGAUAUAUGUGGCUUUAAUGGCAACACUACUGCGAGCCUUUGCCUUAGGUGGAUGCAACUUGGUGCCUUUUAUCCAUUCUCGAGAAAUCACAAUACAGAUGAUGGCAUUGAUCAAGACCCUGUGGCAAUGGGACCGGAAGUAGUGACUGCUUCUCGAAAUGCCCUGACUCAGCGAUACAUGCUACUGCCGUACCUCUACUCUCUCUUCUUCAAUGCACAUCUUACGGGGGAACCAGUUGCCAGACCACUUUUCUUCCAGUUUUACAAGGAACUUGAAACAUACAGCAUUGAUACUCAGUUUAUGUGGGGCCCAGCACUUAUGAUUGUACCAGUGCUAAAGGAGCAUGAGGAAACUGUGAAGGCUUACAUUCCAAAUGGACGCUGGUACGACUGGUACAAAGGGAACGUGGUGGAGGGAGAAGGCACAUAUGUGAUGCUGGAUGCUCCAUUGGACAAGAUUCCCUUGCUAGUGCGUGGAGGAUACAUACUGCCGAUACAAAUGCCAGCGAAUACAACCACUGAGAGUCGCAAGAUGAAAAGAGGUCUUCUGGUUGCACCCAAUGAGAAAGGCCGAGCGUCUGGAGAGUUCUAUUGGGAUGACGGUGAUAGUCUUGAUACUGUUAAGCACAAGGAAUACACAUACAUACAGUUUAUAUCUGGUCCUGGUAUCCUCAACAUAAAUGUCAAUCGCACCACUGCUGGUUAUACAGAACCCAUCUCACUAGGUUACAUGUACAUUCUGGGUCUGAGUGACAGUGUAUCAGAGGUAACGGUGGAUGGUGCCAAGGCUUCAUUUGAGUAUGACCCGGAGAAUCAAUUUCUGACCGUUGAUGGAUUCUCGCAGAGCCUGUUGAAGAGUUUUAUUGUGAGAUGGAAGUAAAAA